AUGGUGGAGUUGCGCGAGAAUGGGAUGGUAGGAGAGCUCCCACGAGCUUUCUUCGACCUGACGGCAUUGGAGACCCUGGCUUUGGUAAAAAAUGAGAUUUGUGGACCGCUCUUGCCGGAGGUGGGGAACCUUAGGAACUUGGCGAGGCUAUUUCUCGAGUUCAACGAAAUAAGCGGACCCAUACCAAAGGAAAUUGAGGGACCCUUGAACCACGCUAUGCCUUCCUCGAUGCCAAAACAGGCCUGGCUUCAGUGCACCAACAAUCAGCUCUCAGGGACGAUACCGAUUGAGCUCGGACGUCUUACGCACCUGUACAGCCUGGAACUAGGGGGCAAUGCACUGACCUCCAACAUUCCUCCGGAGCUGGGAAAUUCGCUCCACUCCAACGGGUUGUCCGGCCCCAUCCCGAGUGAACUGGGACGCCUAGCGAACAUUGAGGAGAUGUGGUUGCAUGGAAAUCAACUCACUGGCCAUAUCCCCCCGGAGCUUGGCGACCUGAAACGCGCCACGGAACUCAAUAUCAGGGAGAACCAACUGUGUGGUUCAAUCCCGUCCGAGCUGGGGCGCCUCGACAAGCUGCACUUCUUACGUCUGUGCAACAACAGUUUGACUGGUAGGUGGCCACACCGUUGCGCACCCCUCGACUGCUGCAUUCCACCCCAGGUGGGGGGGCUCAAGAAUUUGUCUGAGAUGGACAUCAGCAACAAUGAGCUAAGUGGCCAGAUUCCUCCCGAGCUCGGCGAGCUGAAGAAGCUGAAACUCCUGAGGAUCAACGAUAGCGACUUGAGUGGUGAGGUUCCACAAGAGCUAGGUGCGCUAUCGGCGCUGCAGACUUUGGUUAUCGACAGCGCUGUCGGCGGGCCGGACUCAGAGUCGGCGCGAUUCCUCCCUCCCGAGUACGCCGUACACUGGCAUGGCUAG